AUGAACGGUAUGUUUGCUAUGCCAGGUGCAGGUGCCGGUCCAGCCGCCCCACAACAACCAAAGUCAAGAUUCCAAGCUUUCAAAGAAUCGCCAUUAUAUACAAUUGCACUAAACGGCACCUUCUUCAUUGCUGGAGUGGCAUUCAUUCAGUCUCCACUUAUGGACAUGUUGGCUCCACAAUUAUAA